CAAAACGCUUUACAACCUUUAGGACUUUGGGAAAGAACUCUGAGAGGUACCGGUCGACAUGCAGCACUAUGGAGUGAAUGGCUACUCCCUCCAUGCGAUGAACUCCCUUAGCGCCAUGUACAACCUCCACCAGCAGGCAGCGCAACAGGCACAGCACGCGCCCGACUACAGGCCUUCAGUUCACGCGCUUACACUCGCUGAGAGAUUGGCUGACAUCAUCCUCGAGGCUCGCUACGGCUCCCAACACCGCAAGCAGCGGCGCAGCCGCACAGCCUUCACCGCCCAGCAGCUGGAGGCCCUGGAGAAAACCUUCCAGAAGACGCACUACCCGGACGUGGUGAUGCGCGAACGGCUGGCCAUGUGCACCAACCUCCCGGAGGCCCGCGUCCAGGUGUGGUUCAAGAACCGGCGCGCCAAGUUCCGCAAGAAGCAGCGCAGCCUGCAGAAGGAGCAGCUGCAGAAGCAGAAGGACGCGGCCGAGGGCGCGGCCGAGGAGGGGAAGGCCGAGGGCCCCCCCACCGUCGCCGAGGCGCACACCCCUCCGUCCUCCUCCUCUUCUUCCUCCUCCUCUUCCACCUCCUCCUCUUCCUCGGAGGCGGAGAGGCCGCAGCCGCCCCUGGCGGCCGAGCUGAGCGUGGAGGUGAACGUCACCUCCGCCGAGCAGUCGGACAGCGAGUCGGCCGCGGACGACGCCGCGGAGGAGGAGGAGCUCAGGCCCCUCCGGGACGAGCCCAAGGCCGAGAAGCGCCCGCUGCCCGGCAACAAGUCCCCGCUGCCCGGCAACAACUCCCCGCCCUGCAAACAGCUCAGCCCCAAGCCGGACUCUCCGCUGGGCUCUCCGGUAGCCUCGUCCUCGGGUGGCGUGGGCGGCGGGAUGUCGCAGAGCCACUCGUACUCCUCGUCCCCCCUCAGCCUGUUCCGUCUGCAGGAGCAGUUCCGCCAGCACAUGGCCGCCACCAACAACCUGGUGCACUACUCCUCCUUCGACAUGGGCGCGCCCUCCUCCAUGCCCUACCUGGGCAUGAACGUCAACAUCCCCACCCCGCUGGGCUCCCUGCCCUGCCAGCCCUACUACCAGUCGCUGUCCCACGCCCAGCAGGUCUGGAACAACCCCAUCCUGCAGGCCUCCGGGGCGCUGCCCGCGCUCAACAGCAAGACCACCAGCAUCGAGAACCUUCGCCUGCGCGCCAAGCAGCACGCCGCGUCACUGGGCCUGGACACUCUGCCCAACUGA